AUGAGUCUUGAUGUUCAUCCCUCAACUAUUGGCUGUCUAAUAAAAAAUAAGGACAACGUUGAAGACAAUCUAUCUGCAAAAAGGCAGAAGACUGUACAAUAUCUGAAUCUUGAAAAUUCAUUACUGGAAUGGAUUCUUCAAAACCAAGACAGAAUCAUAUUAAAUACCACAUUGGCAACAACUCAUCUUAAAGGAAGAAAAAAGAAUAAAGAACAAUUAACUAUAACACUUUGUGCUAAUGCUGAUGGAAUGGAUAAAAUUAAACUAUUAGUAAUUAGAAAGUCUCCCAACCCAUGCUGUUUUAAAGGUAUUAAACGUAACAGGCUUGGUGUUACGUAUGAAAGUAGUGCUAAUGCAUGGAUGACAACAAUCCUAUUUCAAAAAUGGCUUAAAGAAUUUGAUUUGAAGAUGGCUGGUCGUAAGACACUUCUUCUAAUGGAUGGUGCAAAAGUUCAUUCUUAUAGCAAUUUGAAUCUUUGA